AUGCAUACUGAAACGUUUCUAAUAUACCUCUCCUUCUGCUUGUUUGGUUUGACAAAUAACAUCCUCUAUGUCGUAAUUCUAAGUGCUGCUGCUGAUUUAGUGGGCCCUGCUGCCCCCAAAUCUAUCGUCCUCCUAUUUGAUAUUUUCCCUUCAUUUAUAAUAAAACUAUCUUGUCCCUUAUUCAUUCACCUUAUUUCUUACGACAUGAGAAUUGUCUUAUUGGUAUCUUUCAGUUUCACCGGCAUUUUCAUCAUUUCCUUUUUCUCCUCGGCUGGAUCAUACCAAAGUCAUUUAUACUUGAAAUUAUUUGGAAUUGCUUUAUCUUCAGUAAGCUCAGGAUUGGGCGAAGUGACUUUUUUGCAACUAACUCAUUUUUACCAAAAUAAUUCCCUAGUGGGUUUUAGCAGUGGAACCGGAGCUGCUGGUUUAAUUGGAAGCUUCUUGUACUUGCUAAUGACUGUUCAUUUACGUUUAUCUCCUAGAUCUGCUUUGUUUUCUUUCUCCAUUACUCCCUUUAUUUACCUUAUCAUUUAUUGCUUUAUCUUACCAAGAAAGGAUCUCUACAUUAAUUACUCAAAACUUGAUAAUACCAAUGAUACAACAAUCCAAAAAAUUAAAAUCUUAAUAAUGCCCUACAUGUUCCCAUUAUCUUCCGUUUACUUUUUCGAGUAUUUGAUUAAUCAAAGUAUAGCUCCAACUUUAUUGUUUGAUAUUUAUGAUUCUCACAAAGACCAUAAAUUCUCCUUUCCCUAUUCUGUCAUAUUUAAAUUUGAAAAAUUUAGAGACAUUUACGUCACUUAUUCAACAUUAUACCAAAUCGGUGUCUUCAUUUCAAGAACGUUUUCAUGUUAUUAUCAAAUAGAUAAUUUAUAUAUCCCUUUCUUAUUACAGGUUUUAAAUUUUCUAUUUUGUAUCUCACAAUCCAUAUUUUUUUUCAUUAAAAUCGAAAAACAAUUUGCUUUAAUUUUUUUACUAAUCUUUUAUGAAGGAUUAAUCGGGGGAUCCGCUUAUUAUAAUACUUAUAAUAAAGCAUCAAAAGAGAUUGAAAUCAGUAAAAGAGAAUUUUCAAUUGGUGCAAUUUCCAUAAGUGACUCAAUUGGAAUAGCAUUUGCAGCAUUGAUCGGGUUGUGGUUAGAGAAAGCCCUUUGUAAUUAUCAAAUAAAUGAUGGCAGAGAUUGGUGUAGUUUAGAAUAA